GCUCCAGCUCAGUAUCUUCCUGCAGCCAGCCUGACCUGCGAGCGCUAUCAACCCUGCCAUCGAUGCCUUCGGCCAUGGAGCGCGUGGUGGAGCUUGCGGAGGAGGUCGACGAGGAGGCGAGCGGGACGGACCAGUCCCUGGUCCAGGGCGCUCGCGCCCAGAGCUCGCCCUGGCGAGCGGUGGGCGGCGCUGCCGCGGGGCUCCUGCUCCUGGCUGGCGCCGGCGGCGGGGCAGCGCACUGGGCGCUGCGUGGGCCGGCCUCGGGCGCGGGCGCCCGCCAGGGCAAGGAGCAGACGAUCGCCCUGCCCGCGCGCGACCAGUGCGCCAACUGGGACGAGGACUGCUUCAGCUCGGGGUGCUGCAACGUGGCUGGCCUGACAUGCUUCGAGACCAAGCAGGGGAAGGGCGAAUGCUUGAAGAACUGCACGCCCAGCGAGACCAAGCUCUGCAAGCAGCCGCAAGAGAUCAUGGAGCCAGUCUUGGCGGAUGCUGUGCUGUACGACCCGACACUGUACUGCUUCGCGAUUGUUAUGCAGGACAUCGGCAGCACGAAGAAGUACUACGAUUUGGAGCUGCUCCAGGGAGCGUACGACAAGGGGAUCGGCAUCUUCGGUUGUGAUUCUUGGGGGGUGUUCAGCGACGCAGAGGCCGAUCUUGCGCCCGGCGUUCCCGUUACGAAGGUGGAUGACGUCGACGGGGAUUUCCAUUUCGCGAAGCGGGAGGAGACCGGCACCUGGCUGAACACAGGUCUGCAUUACCAGGCUUGGAAGGCCAUUCAGGCGGAGGGUAAGUACGCGGCUUACAACUGGGUCGUGAAACUCGAUGCGGACGCGGUGAUGAUCACGAGCCGCUUGAAAUACUGGCUGUCAGACAAGUACGUCCCGCCCAUGGGCAUCUACCUCGAGAAUUGCCAGUACGUGAACGGAUGGCUGGUUCGGAAGCCUGGAGAUCUUCUCGAAGGCCGCGUUCGAGACGCUCCUGGGGUCGAUGGCCUCGUGCAAGGACGGUGGGAUCGAUUGGAAGGUGGGCAUCGAUGGCGGCAAGUAUGGCCCCAUGGGCGAGGAUCUGUUUGCGCAGGCCUGCCUGGACGCCAACGGCGUCAAGCGCGGGAUCGGAUACGGCUCCAAGCUGGACGGGACGUGCGAGGCGGACCGGCCCCUCUCGGAAAAGAAGAACAAGAAGUGGAAGCCUAAUUGCGACACCGUCGCCACCACAACAUACCACCCGUUCAUGAAGCCGGAGGACUACUGGGCGUGCUACGAGUCCACCAUGAAGGCGUUCCCGGUGUACCCGCCGCCCGCCGCCCGCUGACCUCGGCGGCGCCCUCCUGGCGCUCCGCGGCCCUCCGCCCCUCGCGCCUGCCCCCCCCCCCCGCCUGCCCGCCGCCGUCCGCUCGCCCCCCCCCCCGGGAGGGUGCUCCGCAGAGGGCAUCUAUACGCCGCCGCCGUGCCUGGACAGGGCCAUCUUGGGCCCCAGGACGGUGCACAGAGCCUCCUGGCCCUGGCAAGGACGGCAUGUACACCAUGCCAGGGCCCAACAAGGGCCUGGGCAGGCACGGCUGCGCUGUCUAUGUGCGCUCUGCAUAGGCGUAGCGAGUCCGAAUUUGCGGGCGGACUGUUGGGCGGUCGCAUGCUCCCAUCUGCGACGUGAAGACGUCGAGAGUUCGAGCUGGGCGCGUGGGCGCCCGUUCGAGAAUGGGGUGAGCCAUUGCCCGACGCCCCCCUGCCCGCGUUGGACGGCCGCUGCUGCGCCAAAGUCUGCACGGCGGCACGCCUUUUUUUGCCAGCGGUCGGCUACGAGAUUUUGGCUGGGACGUCAUGAGGCCGCGAGGUCAAGCCGACCUUGCGAGCUUGUGUGCGACAGGCAAGGUGGCUCGAAGUUUGCCUCCCCCUCCACCUUCCCGCUAGCAGACGGACCCAGCAGGCCCUACGCAGGUAGAGUUUGAAAGUGGGCGUCAAUACGUUGGUAGUUCGAAUUGAGUUUACGAACCUUACGCGAGAUGCGUUCCCUCCACCCGAUGUAGUUGUUUUCCAUCACGGGCGCACUCUCUUGUUCGUGCCGCCCAGGCACGUCCAAUGCAAAUUCGAUAUUGCCCGCUCACCUCUUCCUCUCUCCCGCUCCUUCGCCGCGCAGCACCGGCUGCACUCCUCGGGCUAUGCCACUGGCUGGGAGGCGUCCCCUCUCCAGGCGGCCCCAAAAAACAGCGACCUUUUGUACUCGGCGUGCGGAUUGCUGGCUGACGCUGUGACAUGCAAGCGCGCGCGCACGGGACGUCCACGGGCACGCUGCGUCUGCAUGGCGCCCGAGGGCGGACAGCGAGCAGCAGCGGCGAGGCAGCGGACAGCGGACGCUGGACGGCAGCGAGCCGCGGAGAGCGGGCAGCGAGCGGCGGAGAGUUGAGGUUCGAGAACCGAGCGAAG